AUGAUGAAAUGCGCGCGGAGCCUGGGCGUAGUGGGCCUGGCGUUGGGCUAUGUUCAGUGCCGGCUUUUGGCUGCCUUUGGGCAACACGGAAAAGGAUUCACGCUGCCCCGAACACUGCCUACAAGGCGCCCACACACGGCUCGCCGCGCAGCGGAGAGCGCAGAAAAUCAGACUGAUCAGGACCCGCCGGACACCGAGGCUGGAGUGUUGGCUUGGCUGGAAGAACGCACUGGCACUCCCGAAGGGUUAGAGAUAGGCACGAUGCUGUUUCUGUCCAAAGAGAGGGAGAGGCUGGCAGCGGCUGAAGAGGCUUUGGUUUUGACCAGGGAAAUGCUGGCCGAUUCGGAGAAGGUGGCUGACGCAAUGUUCCUUGCCCUUUACAUCCGCGCUGCGCAGGUUGGCACCUGGCUUGGAGCAGAUGCGUGGCCCGCGUCCUUCCUCAGCAAGGCAAGCGUGCCGGGCAUGAAGUGUAGAGAGGCUGCGCAGGCCAUGCUUGCCGGGAUUGAGUCGAGCGUAGUCAACAAGAAUGAGACCAGCGAAAUCGUGGACGCUUAUGUGACUGCCACGUGGGGGGACGAGGCUAGCUACACCUCUGACAGCUUUGACGGGGUGAUGAUCUCGACCCCGCCUCAGCAGGCCAGCGUACAGUAUUCCAUUGGCAUGCUGUGGGGCUACGCGAUCCGAGGCGUGGCAAAGCGCCUCGCCUUGGACCGCCAGCUGGGCACAGUGCCCGAGUUGGUGAGCGCGCAGCGACUACAGCUGGAGAGGGCUUUGGACCUCAACUUCAAUGAGUCCUCGAAUGGUCCGCCGACUUUCUUGCAGUAUGCCAGUGAAUUCUUUUCCCAUGAGGAUUGGGCGGACCUUUGCCGGCCCAGCAAUGUCGCGGUGAACAUCAUGGAGGCAGAGCUUCAGGAAGCAAUGCACGCUGUGGCCAUCCUAUCCAGCGUGUCCCAGGAUGGCGAGCUGGAGGUCAUUUCGAGCUCCGAGGAGGAGUUCGAGAACGACUUCGAGCUGGACAUGGUGCUUCUGGACCAAGCUGAAUGGAAGGGCUUCCAAUACCGGGCGGUGGUCUACGGGUGCUUGCUGGCAGAUGCCGAGGCCUUUGUUGGCUCAGAAGUGGGCCUGGAGCGGAGCGAGAGAUCGUGGGUGCGCGCGCUGACGAAGUCUCGAGCUCUCUCCGAACCCCGGCCGGAGCAGGGUCGAUUGGUGGCCGCCAGCGUUGCCAUGCCCUUGCGGCGCGUGGUUCAAGCACUCAAGGGUCGCGUGCUGGCGACGAAGCUGCGGGAAGCCCGCCAGAGCAGCGCCCCUGUUCUCUGA